GCAGGCGGGGGGACCCGCAGCACCGCACGGUCCGGGAAGGGAGCUGGGAGGGGUCGCAGGCGCGCUGCCGGGAGAGGACGGGGAAGCGGACGGCCGAGGGCGCCGAGCAGGUUGAGGGGGCGUCCCGGCGGGAGAGCAAGCCCAGUUGUCUGAGGAUCCCGACGCUGCUGGAGACCGAGGAGCAGAUCCUCGGUGGGGAGAGAGGGGAAACCUCCCCGGGGCAGCAAGCACUGGGGCAGCAACCCCGGCGGCCCACGAUCAGUUUCAGUAUCUGCCCCAAAUCUCGCCGCCAGUCGCAGUGGUCCAACGUCGGCUGCCGCUCGGGCAGCGUCGUUAACGAGCUGGCGAAGAUGGGCGAUCCGGACGUCGUGGAAAUGGUGCAGGAGGAAGGUAAGCUAAGCAGUAGAGAAGUGGACUAUAUUAACGAAAUGAGUGAGCAGAGCCCGAGCAGCAGAGAGACCAGCUUUCUCAUCAGCAAAGAACCAGCGCCUGCAAAGCGAUUCAAUUUGUUCCUGAGGCGGCGUCUUAUGUUUGAAAAAGACAGACAAAGCAAAGAUUCAAUCUUCUUUCGAGACGGGACUAGGCAGAUUGAUUUUGUGCUUUCCUACGUCGAUGACAUGAAGAAAGAAGCAGACAUAAAGGCGGAAAGGAGAAAAGAGUUUGAAGAAAAUCUCAGAAAAACAGGUCUUGAGUUGGAAAUUGAAGAUAAAAGGAACUCUGAAGAUGGAAGAACUUUUUUUGUCAAGAUCCAUGCCCCUUGGGAAGUAUUGGUUACUUAUGCUGAAGUGCUGGGGAUAAAAAUGCCCAUUAAGGAAAGUGACUUCCCCCGAGCCGAGAGAAUCCCAUUUAGCUAUAUGCUCGGGCCUCUGAAGCUCCCGAGGAAUGUGAAGCAUCCUCAUCCUGAAUACUUCACGGCCCAGUUCACCAGACAUCGGCAGGAGCUCUUCCUCAUUGAAGACGAGUCAAGCUUCUUCCCAUCCUCAGCCAGAAACCGAAUUGUUUAUUAUAUUCUCUCACGGUGUCCUUUUGGCAUUGAAGAGGGAAAGAAAAAAUUUGGGAUUGAAAGACUACUAACUUCUCACACUUACUCAGCUGCCUAUCCACUCCAUGAUGGUCAAUAUUGGAAGCAGUCAGAAUCUCCUAAUCCUGUCAAUGAAAGGUACAUACUUCACCAGAAUUGGGCUCGGCUUUCCUAUUUUUACAAGGAACAGCCUUUAGAUUUGAUUAGGAAUUAUUAUGGAGAAAAAAUUGGCAUCUAUUUUGUUUUUCUUGGAUUUUACACAGAAAUGCUGUCCUUUGCAGCUGUGGUUGGCUUAGCUUGUUUUAUUUAUGGCUUAUUAUCAAUGAAUGGUAACUCUAGCAGCAUGGAGAUCUGUGACCCUAAGAUUGGAGGCCAGAUUAUCAUGUGCCCACUGUGUGAUCUAGUGUGUGACUACUGGAGACUAAAUACUACAUGUUUGGCUUCAAAGUUCUCCCAUUUAUUUGAUAAUGAGUCAACAGUGUUCUUUGCAAUAUUCAUGGGAAUUUGGGUCACAUUGUUUUUGGAGUUUUGGAAACAGCGACAAUCCAGACUAGAAUAUGAGUGGGACCUGGUGGACUUUGAAGAGGAACAGCAGCAGCUUCAGCUGAGACCCGAAUUUGAAGCUAUGUGCAAACAGAGGAAAAGGAAUCCAGUGACUAAGGAGAUGGAACCUUACAUGCCUCUUUACAGCCGUAUUCCAUGGUACUUUUUAUCAGGAGCCACGGUGACAUUGUGGAUGGCCCUUGUCAUUGCGUGUAUGGUAGCUGUGAUUGUAUACCGCCUGUCAGUCUUCGCUACAUUUGCGAGCUUCAUGGAAAGUGAAGCAUCCUUAAAGCAUGUUAAAAGUUUCCUCACUCCCCAAAUAACCACAUCACUCACUGGAUCAUGCUUGAACUUUAUUGUCAUCUUGAUCUUGAAUUUCUUUUAUGAAAAGAUAUCUGCCUGGAUUACAAAAAUGGAAAUUCCUCGAACUUACCAGGAGUAUGAGAGCAGUAUUACCUUGAAAAUGUUCCUGUUUCAGUUUGUAAAUUUUUACUCGUCCUGCUUCUACGUAGCUUUCUUUAAAGGGAAGUUCGUGGGCUAUCCUGGAAAAUACACAUAUUUGUUCAAUGUGUGGAGAAGUGAAGAGUGUGAUCCUGGAGGCUGUCUGAUAGAAUUGACAACCCAGCUGACCAUCAUAAUGACUGGGAAACAGAUCUUCGGAAAUAUUAAAGAAGCCAUUUAUCCCAUGGUUUUGAAUUGGUGGAGACGCCGGAAAGCUCGGACCAACUCUGAAAAGCUGUAUAGUCGAUGGGAGCAGGAUCAUGACCUUGAAAGUUUUGGAUCUCUUGGGCUAUUCUAUGAAUACUUAGAAACAGUUAUCCAAUUUGGAUUUGUUACAUUAUUUGUGGCAUCUUUUCCUUUGGCUCCUCUCCUUGCUCUCUUGAAUAACAUUAUAGAGAUCCGAGUGGAUGCCUGGAAACUUACGACUCAGUACAGGAGACCUGUAGCUGCUAAAGCUCAUAGCAUAGGUGUUUGGCAAGACAUUCUUUAUGGAAUGGCUGUCCUUUCUGUUGCAACUAAUGCUUUUAUUGUUGCAUUUACAUCGGACAUUAUUCCCCGCCUAGUUUACUACUAUGCCUACUCAAAAAAUGCCAAUGAGCCUAUGAAAGGAUAUGUCAAUGACAGCCUGUCAACAUUCCUGAUAGCUGAUUUCCCAAACCACACUGUGCCUUCGGAAAAGAGAGACUUCACCACUUGCAGGUACAGAGAUUACAGAUAUCCUCCUGAUCAUGAUCAGAAAUAUUUUCAUAACAUGCAGUACUGGCACGUGCUUGCUGCCAAGAUGACCUUCAUCAUAGUUAUGGAACAUAUUGUGUUUUUAGUUAAAUUUUUAUUGGCCUGGAUGAUCCCUGAUGUUCCAAAAGAUGUCAUGGAGAGAAUCAAGAGAGAAAAGUUAAUGACUAUCAAGAUUCUCCAUGACUUUGAGCUUGACAAACUAAAAGAGAACCUGAAAAUUAAUUCUAGUGAAUUUUCCAAGCAUGUCAUGAUUGAGGAAAACAAAGUACAGCUGGCUAAAUCAACAAUCUGAUCAACAUAGUGAGCAAACAGCCUGGAUGCCUGUCUGGCUUCACAGUUUUCCCUUGGUUUAGGGCUAGAGGCCAGGAGCCAUGUGUCAAUUUCACUCCUUUUUUUUUAACUCAAGAGAUUUUAUACACUUUUACAGAGACCUGCUUUGUGAGGUUGGACAAGCACCACUUGUGUGCUUCACUGGCUGAGCUCUCCCCAGAUAUUGUUUUCUGGGUUUCUAUAAACGACUGUUAAAAGUGUACAUGGAAUCAGAAUAUUGGAAAAGCACAUUUUCAUGGUCUUCUCUUGGGUUGCUUUAUGUCUUCUUCCAGCAAGAAAAAUGUUGGGAUAAAAAGAAAAGAAGUGAAGAGGCCUACUGAGCCUUAUAUAAUCUUACCAUUUUAGACUAUGCUAAUGAAAAACCAAAAUUACACAAUAGAUGAAAACUCACAUAUUUAAUAAUAUUGGGUAAAUAUUGUGGGAGGGUUUUGUUCCUGAAAUUGUCCUGAACAAGUUAAACUUUCAUCACAAUCCCAGAUUGUCCUUCCAGGUAAAUGCAGAAUUGAUUUUUCAAGAGACAAAGUGUGGGUUUCAACAAAAGACGAACUAGUUCUUUAAAGAUAAUAUUUUGGUAACGGUAGUUUUAAGAUGAGAUUGUAUUAUCUGGAAAACAGCAUUAAGAAGUUAUUGGAUUGCUUCAGGUCUUCAAGCAAAUGAGAAAUAAAUAUGUUUUAAUUGUUAACAAAUUCAGGACAAUGUAUAUUGAUUAAUUUACUGCCCUUAAUCAAAAAUUGUUGAAUUAUUUUUAAAAAUAAUUUUUCUUCUACAAUGCCUAUUUUGCAUUAUGAAGCCUGUUUGAGCAUUAGGUAUUUGUAUAAGUUAGGUACAAAUGGUUUGUGAAAUUUGUUUAAAGCAAUCUCAAAUCUUUUAAUGAGUUCAUAGCCUUUUCUAUUGAUGCAUUGCUUCAUACAAUGCUCAGUGCCUUGUUCCUAUGCCUUUAACACACGAGAAGUUGUGCUGUUGAUUCGACAUAACAUCUCCAAUGUGAGCUUGUUUUAGGGAAAUUGUCAUUUUAACAUCAAUCACAGAGUUUUAACACCAAACAUGGAUCAACCAAGUAAGAAUGAUGUGAUAGAUGUGAUAGCUAAGUGGAAAAAAGUCACUGAAGUAUUUCUCUCAUACUUAGACCUGUGGUGCAUGUACACCAGUCCUUAUUCUUCUUUCCUUUAAAAAAUAUUUCGUACAUUUAUAGAGUAAGAGAUACAGUUCAUUUUUAUAGUUUGAAUCUCUAGUUUCAAAUUACACUUCAGUUCCAAAAGAACAGUGUUUUUUAAUUACACGUAAAAGAAGAAACUUUGUUCCAAGAUUACUUUAAAGUAUUAGUUCAUUAUUUGAUGCUAAUACAUUUUUGUGGAACUGCCAGUAUUAAGCAUAUGUCAGGUAGUAUUAACUAAUAAUCAAUAUUAAGCAUUUAGAACUGAGGGUUACGAAUUUUAUAAAACCAUGAGACUGUUACCCCAGUAGUAGCACAGAUGAUUUGUCAUCCACUAGGUAGAUUUUGUGAACAUUUUCUUUCGCAUAAUUCGAAAUCUCAUUAUUGAAGGAUGAUUUCAUAUGUGGAGGAGAUAGAUUUCUUGUUUGAGAAAACCUGUCAGUAUUACUAGGAAAUAAACCACAGAUGUGAUAUCUUUGGCUUGCCCAAAUUCUGUGCUGCUAUGAUGUUGUACAUUGUGCACAGCUCAUAUUGCUUCCUUCCUGGGUGCUAAUAAAAGUAAGGAAGAGUGUGGAAA